GACUUGUAGUCGGCAGCUGAGGGCGGGCGCUCCGCUGGGGCGGCUGCUGCCGGCCGGGCCUCGGGACGGCGUUGGGAGGUGGAGCGCCAUGCUGGAAUCCAUCCGUGUUACCGAAAAACUUCACUGGCCUAAGCAAGAACUUUCUAAGAAAUCAAUCCUGAUACCAGAAGAACAUAAACUGAAUGUCAACAACGAAAAGAGCCUCCAGCAUCCAUCUCCUGGGGUCCUUAAGGACAUUUUCACAACAGGAACCAGUAGCUACAACGUCCUUCUGCAGAGCAAGGAAGAGAAAAAGCACAAUGCUCAGAAGCAGUCACCCGCUCACCACAAGAAACACAGGAAAGCCACAAAGUGCUCCAGCACCUUGCAAAGCAACGAGCACCGCAAAAUCAAGGACCCGCUGCCCUUGCUCAGCAGUGGAUGGUGCUGCUCAGACCAGCAGCCCUCUGUCCUCAUCACCAGCCCCGUGUCUAAUGGUGUAAAGCCUGCAAACAGCAUCUCAGCUGCAGGGAAUGGCACAGGACUGACCCCUCGACCCAGAAGUAGAGCUAAGAGGCAUUGUAAUCAGCCAAAGCCAAAGCAAUCCCAGUCAUCGAAAAGCCACGGGAAAGAGGGAGAUGAUUCUGGCCGAAAACUCUGUUUGCUAACUGCAAUCAAGCCUUCCAACGUGGAGAAAGAGAAAAUGAAGUUCUUUAAGUCAGAUUUUACAUACAAUCCUCAGUUUGAAUAUGCAAACCCUGCUUUGCCAAACGUUUUAGCUAAGCAUAGCCAAGCAUCUGACAGAUUUCUUAAGCAGUCCAUUAACAUCAUGGAGCGGACACUGCAGAAAUAUGGAAGCUAUGAAAAGUUUGAACAGGCCACCGGUGGCAGCUUGCUGACCAAAAGCCGCAUCUGGAAUCAUGUUAGGAAAUACAUGGUGAAGGAAGGCUGUCUUGGUGAGAUUGUGGUCCAUCUCACGGAGGACCUGCUUUCUCGAGCCUCAAUGACAGUGGUGAAUGGCCGCCCCACUCUCACUAUCAAUAUCUCCACUGCGAGAGAGCACUGGCUGGAAGGGAUGCUGAGACAUGAAAUUGGGACUCAUUAUUUUCGGGGCUUUAACAACAAUAGCCAGCCUUGGUGCAACUGGAAUGGACGUAGAAAACAUGGGUUGAAACCAAUCAACCCUACAGAAGAAGGGCUGGCAAGCAUUCACAGCGUCCUCUUCCGCAAAGACCCUUUCCUUUGGAGGGCUGCCCUGCUCUACUACACCGUCUAUCAGGCCAGCCAGAUGUCCUUCAGCCAGCUGUUCCAGGACGUGGGGAGAUUUGUCCAGGACCCCAAUACCAGGUGGGAUUACUGUGUACGCGCCAAGAGAGGGUGGACUGAUACAUCACAGCCAGGCUGCUUCAAUAAGGAUCAGGUGUACUUAGACGGCAUCCUCCGAAUCCUGAGAUAUAGGGAGUCCAUUGAUUUCCACCUUCUGACAGCACUUGGAAAGAUCUCAUACGAAGAUGUAGACCGCCUGAAAGGGUUGGCUGUGAUUGAGAACAUGAGGGUACCACACUUUCUGCAAGACCAUGCCCGGUAUAUGGAGCACUUGGAAAAGAUUAUGGAGGUCAAUGAGCUGACUGAUGAGGAGCUCCAGGAACUCAUAGACUAAGAAUAUCAGCCAGUCUGUGCAGCUGAGGAUAUAGAACUGGACUUCUGAGAGCUUACAAAAAUGGACUUAGCAGGGGUGGAGCAAGAGGAAAAGGCAGCCAGAGUAUGUGGAAUUCAGAAAAAGUCCCUUUGUGUUCCUUUUGCAUUGUGAUUGUAUACUGAUGCUUUCUUAAAGAGUUUGGGCAUAUUUCAGUCUUGUUUAGGAAUCCCUUUGCAGUGACCUGUCCAGCCACCUGCUCUGUUUUGCAGGCUAAGCAACAACAGCGAGUUUAAUCACAAUAAUCGCAGUGCACAGAGCGGGUCUUUGUGCAAUAGCUCUGCACUACCAUUAAGAAGUUGCUUGUUUGUUUUUUCUUUACUAGGAGAUUCAGCUUUAAAGAAAAAAAGGAAGACAGGUAUUGCUGUUUCGAUGACUGCAAACAGGUAGCAAAAUGAUCUUUUAUUGUUCCCCCAGAUGGCUGCUGUUCCACAUCUCUGCCUGUACAGUACAUGUUUAGGAAGUUGAGUCCUGGAAGGGUGUCCCUCCUUUGAGGACAAGUGCAUCAUGGCUAGUAAGUUCUAUAGGGCAGCAUUUUGGAAGAAAGCCUGGGCAGAACCAUGAUUUUAUGACUUUUUUUUAAUCAAUAAAUUCAGGAACGCGGGGACAUAAGUCAGCACAGCGGGCAGCGCUCACUUCUUGUCUGGGUCACCUGAGCCUACAGAGCAUCAAGUCACUUUUUGAGCAGAAACAGGCCUCGGUGCUACAGUGAAGUUGUGCUCAUUGCAGGAAUGAGAUGAGGAAGGGGAGAAAAGCAGACUCACAAGUGCCGUGUUCCUGUGUGCCUACAGGUCUGCUGCACCUUCAAGCAAACUUACCUCUGUUUUAUCUGCCGGUGCUAUAUUCAGAAACAGGUAGAGAAAGUGUGUUACUGUAAGGCACUGCUAGCCAUGUGAUAAAUAGCUUUGAUGACACAGGAGGGCUUACUGCAUGAACUACAUCUUAUGAACUCAGAGUAUUAGGGAUUGUUGAGGCCAGUUGAGUUUUGCACCUGUAAGUACUUUGAGAACCGGUUUGGUUUUAGUAGACAGCAUUUUAUCAGCGCUCCUCUGAGCUCCUGGGAAGCAGCUGAGAUGCAGGAGGCCGUGCAGGAAGAAGGGCUCCCAGGGGGCUUCUGCCAGUUCUUCCCCUUGUGACGUGACCCACAGAUAACAGGCCCGGCACUGGAUACGGCAAGUAAGUGGAGACAAGUUUUCCUCCACACGGGCUCAGAGAUCCGAAGUUUUUUGAAUGAUCCCAUAAAACCAGCUGCCUUUUAGGCAGCAUUGCGGGUGCGCUCACAGCAGCUGGCUGACCGCUUCAGAAAAUAUAAUGUGUUUAACAAGCAUAAAUGUACUAAAUUUGGUUAUUUUCAAGGCAGGGACCAAUAACCCCUCACUGUAGCCUUAAUUUUAUAUUGUUAGUCUUGUUCGCUAUCAUCUGGAAGCCUUUCAGCCUCCAUGUGCAGAAAUAGAAACCUUUUUUUCUCCUCUUCUUUUUACAAGUUUGACCACUGGUAGCUUUGCCUGCCCAGCUUUGUCGAAGAACCAAACCCAGCAGAUGUAGCGCUGCAGCAGCCCCAUGGGAACAAUCUGCUGUUCUGCACCCAUGCUCUCCAGAUACUGGCUCCGUUGCCAGAAGCCGUAAUAAAGUAAUGCAUGGCAGGGGGCGAGUCAAAGAUCACAGCCAAAAAAGGCAGCUUCAGAGCAAAUCAAGUGAGCUGCAGAGAACCGGGUUCACUUUGCUGAUCCAGGGGAAUGUGAGGGCUGCUCCCUCCUGAAAGGGACAGCUUUGCACAGUUAUUCUCAUAACUAACUGUAGAGAAUUGCAGUUCUACAUCAGGUGUCCCAGUAGUUGUGUGUUACAAAGUAAGGGUAUUACUGUCACAGGUCCUUGAAGGCAGGAGGCAGUGCCAGCCUUUUUGCAGUGCUGCAGCACACCCUGCUCACAGCUUUUCCUACAGCAGCCCCUGGGCUCCGUCACUGCACCACGAGAUGUUACUGCAGCCCAAGAUGCUUCCCUCCAGGACCUGUGUCCUGUCUUUGCCAGAGCAGUAGGUAUCACUGGACUUCUGUUCUUUGUUAUCAUAGAAGUAUUUUUGCUUAGAGCAAGGUUAGAGUCUGGAAGUGGUCUAUAUAAAGAUGUUACCACAACAGCAGACAAGAAACUUGUCUGCUUCUGUUUUUCAGCGUUGUAUUUGUCCUUCCUCCUUUGUAAAAGCGUUCCAAACUUUGAAGUGUAACUUUUGUAGGUUUUCCUGAUUAUUUUUUCCUGGUUACUAAAUCAUGGUACAGAAGUUCUGUAAUAAAGUUUUUGGACAGCAGUGCAUGUGA